CGCCCCGCGCCCCCGCCCCGGCCGACCGCGUGGCGCGCUCAGUCGCGACCGAAACGCUGUUCGGGGAAGUGUCGGCGAUCCCCGUCGCAAUUACUACUUUUUUCGAAGUUAUCAGUACAGUUUUUGUUUUAAAGUUCUCCAAAAAAGUUUAGUGUGACCAGUCUCCCAUUCCGUCGGACUCCGAGGAUAUUAGACUGUGAUCGGCGGUGUAGUUUGUUCAGUUGAUUGUGUUUUUUUUUUGUUAUUGUUGAGUUUUUUUGUUUGGUGCAUCGUGCCUGAGCCGGCGGUCCCAUCGAGGCGCUGCCUGGACGCGCGGCAGAGACCCAAAGGACAAAGCCUUUAGGGCGUGUAGUUGGCGUGGUGUCGAGCGGUCCCCGCUCCAACCGUCAAGCUGGCUGCGAGCGCGUUGAGCAUGAACCCGCACUACCACGGGUACGCGGAGCUCAGCUCGCCGCACCCGCCCUCCCCGGAGGCCGCCUUCACGGCCAACGGACACGAUUACCCACACAACAACAACAACCCCGCCCUCAAAGAAUGCGCGGGCUGCGGCGGCAAAAUCGUAGAAAGAUUCCUCUUACACGCCUUAGACAGAUACUGGCAUCACGGGUGUCUAAAAUGCACGUGCUGUCAACAAGCUUUAGCGGACAUGGGACGGUCUUUCUACUUCAAAGGAGGGAUGAUAUUAUGCAAAAGCGAUUACACGAGAAUGUUCGGUUCAGGUGGCGCGUGCGCAGCGUGCGGCCAGGCGAUACCCGCGAGCGAAUUCGUCAUGCGAACGAAUGCGCCGCAGCAGCCGCUCCAUGUCUUCCACAUAAAGUGCUUCGCGUGCUCGAAAUGCGGCUCACACCUAAUGCAGGGCGAUAGGUAUUACAUGCUCGCGGGCUCACUAGUGUGCGAGCAGGACUGGCAGAAGCUGAUGAAGAGCGCGAACGCGGCGACGCCCGGCGCGCCGGUGCGCAAGGGCAAGGUGGGGCGUCCGCGCCGCUCGCGCGAAUGAGCCGCGCCCGCGCCGCCCGCGCCGCCGCCGCGCGCGCCGCAACACUCGCACAGGGACUAUGAGGAGAUGAUGGCGUGUUCAUACCUGAGCGCUGCUGGCAUGAAGCCGGAUCCGGGCGCAUGCUGGCCGGUGCUGCCGCUGCCCGGGGCUUCAGAGCUGCCGCUGCAAGGCGCGGAGCCGGCGCCCGCGCUGGCGCAGCCCUACCGCGCGCCCGCGCCCUGCCACCCCCCGCCGGAACCGGCCCUCGACCUCUCCACCCCGCACGCGCCGCGGCUCACCCCGCCGCGCGAUGACGAGUGACAAGUGUUGCCAGACUAUCAAAUAAAAUUAUUACUCAGCGACUCAGGUGAUCGCCAUAACUAAUUUAAAGAGCGGUCAGUAAUAAUUUUACAACUGUUAAGUUAAACUUUAGUGACGUACAUAUUUAAUUUCGGUUGUGAAAAUGGCAAUUUAUGUAAAUUCGCUUUAAUGGUAUCCCAUUGAGCUCUGGUAGUACUUAAGCGUUGGACGAGAUGUGUUUAACACAACGCGUUUUUACUUAAAAGUGAUAAUGAGAUGUUGAUGUAUGAAAACAAUGACGACAUAUCGUAUGGUAUUUAAUCGAACUUUACUCAUUACCUGCCUUAUUUCGAAUGUCAGUUAAUACCAUCAUAAAAAAUACAAGGUACUUGAACAAAGUUGUUUUAGUUGAUUUAAUUAUAUUUAAUUGCUCUUGAAUAAAAACAGAUGCCAUUAGUCUCCAAACAGUUUGUGCGCUAGUGGUCUUAAGUUAGCAAAAUUUAGUAUUUGACCUAAAUAUAUGUUUUAUGAUGGGUUUUAAUUCAUUAGGAUACUUCAUAAAAAGUGUCAUAUACACCCUUGGUUAUCGAACAAUUAUUGUUACAUUAAUAAUGAUUGAAUUUCAAGUCUGUGUUUAAAUAUACUGUUUCAAACCCUCACUGGAAAUCAUGAACGCUCGUAGUGAAUAAAAACUUUCAGCAACGUUUAUUUAUAAUGGAGUUUGUUCCCGCGUUUAAAUCAAUACGCUUUUAACGCGAGAUCAAACCGACUCGAUAUUUUGUUAUUGCCACCAUUUAUGUUAUUGACAUGACAUAGUAAAAAGAGAAAAGUAAGAUUAGACGCCGUUAUUAUGACUCAGUCACCAGUGGGAAUAUUAUAAACAGGAUUUACUCUUUCUUUUUUUGCUAUGGUAUCACCAUCGAAAUACUGAACGAAUCAGUGCUCUCAGGUACUACGUGUGUCCACUGGGGCCACCUCUUGCCAGUGGUUAAUAUUAUUUAUUGUAGCUCCUUACUUUAGAACCUUGUUUUACGCACGCGUCUCUGUGAUUUGCUAUCAUGCUCUGUAAAUAAUAACAUUAAUUCUCGAAUAAAUUUGUUAUUUCGUAUAUAAACGACGAGCUGUUACUUAAACUUCGAUAUGAGCCCGUUAAUAUUAUUCUUUUAAAUUGUAAAUAUUAGCAUAAACAUUUAGAUCUAAGUAGACAUCGUGUACCUAACUCUUUAGGCGCAAAACUUCGUAGCAAUAAUUCGAUGCCAACAUCUUUGAAGUUAAAAUUCGAGUUACUAACAUUCUCUGUAUAUAUUGAACUAAGUUUUACCAUCAAAUAAAUUUGUGCGAAUCAAAAUUUUAAAUGUAAACCUACAGUUAAUGUAUGUAAGUUAUCUUAAACGCUAACAUUCCUUUUCGUGUAAGUGUAACUCAAACACAUGCCUAUAAUAUACUUGUUAUUUUGUUUUUAAACAUUUUUUUUGUAUUCUACAAAAUUUAUUUUAGAACAUUUACUAUCGAUUUCAAUGUUACGUUAAUAUAUUGUGAAACAUGUUAGUAAUUCAUGGACUGAUAUUAAUUUUAGGUAACUACUCGUAUUUACCGUCUCAGAUAUGCAUGUAAAUGUCUUUUAAUUUUAUACAGUCAUUAUUACAAUAGUAACGUGUACUUAUUGUGUAAAUUCAUCAGUGUUACGAUAAUUCAAAUCGAUAUAGUAUCUGGAAUCAAUAUAUAUGUAAUGUUAGCGUUUAGUGAAUCUUGCCAUCUAACGAUACGUAAUGUAUAAGGAACGGCCCGGGUUUCAGGCACAGAUA